GGCGUCUGCGGCCUGGGCCCUGCGUGGCUCCCUCGUCCCUACCUUGCUAGCGGCGUUCACGAGCCCGGACGGGUUAGGGUGACAGUGAGGUGCUGGGGCCCGCUCUCCCCUCGGUCUGCUCUGAAGAUUAUUCCCAGCACCCCGUUUUUAACGGGUCAGGUUGCUCUGAAAAUCUCUGGUAGUUCUUCCUGUUCCUAACGCCGCCAGGCUUCAGCUGGCAAAGUAGGGAAUAAACAGUUCCAAAUGGGCGGGGGCAGCUUAAAGUGCACCCCCACCCCCUUGCUCACCUGCCGCCUCUCGGACUUCACAGAGGCCUGCGAGGAGGGCCGGGGGUCCGGGUCGCCGGCCCGGGUUGUUUCUGUGGGUGUCAUGAAGCCUCAUCUGCCGCCCCUGCCCCCACCCCACCCCCACUCCUCGCCACCUAGUUACUCUCGUGGCGGCCCCUCUGCUCACUGGUGGACUCGUCUUGGAAACAUGCCUUCCACUCUUGCGUGACUUCUGACCAGGGACUAGCAUGGGGAAAUGGAGGCUAGAGACAAGCAAGUUCUUCGCUCCCUUCGCCUGGAGCUGGGUGCAGAGGUACUGGUGGAGGGACUGGUUCUCCAGUAUCUUUACCAGGAAGGGGUCUUGACGGAAAACCAUGUUCAAGAAAUUAAAGCUCAAGCUACAGGCCUCCGGAAAACAAUGCUGCUGCUGGAUAUUCUACCUUCCAGGGGUCCUAAAGCGUUCGAUGCAUUCCUAGAUUCCCUUCAGGAAUUUCCCUGGGUAAGGGAGAAACUGGAGAAGGCAAGAGAAGAAACCAUAGUUGAGCUGCCUGCAGGCAGCCAGUCCCUGGGACAAAGGGAUUUCUCUGCAGAACCAUCACAUUCAGGGACCCAGAUUAACACAUGGGCCCUGGGAAGUAGCCAGUCAGAUGACUGGAUGACAGGAAUCCCCCCACACAUCCUCAACAGCUCCCCAUCGGACCGGCAGAUCAACCAGCUGGCCCAGAGGCUGGGCCCUGAGUGGGAACCCGUGGUGCUGUCUCUGGGGCUGUCCCAGACCGACAUCUAUCGCUGUAAGGCCAACCACCCCCACAACGUGCAGUCACAGAUGGUGGAGGCCUUCGUCCGCUGGAGGCAGCGCUACGGAAAGCAGGCCACCUUCCAGAGCUUGCACAGGGGACUCCAGGCCAUGGAGGUUGACCCCUCGGUGUUCCAGCACAUGUUGGAAUGAUGGCACCUCCAUCAACUCCUGGGGAGUUCUUCCCCCAGUCACAUGUGCCGAAUCCCGACUCUCACCAAGGGCAGGUAGAUUUGGGGAGUUUUUGCGGGGAAGGGCUUUUCUUUCUAGUGGUCCUUAGAUCGAAAGAGAUAAUGGGAUUUCCACUUGACAUUAUUUGAAAGGCAGGGUUACUUAGCAGAUCUCCCACACUGAAAUGGCAGUCCAUUGCUUCUGAUUGCUCAAAGAUUGCAUUAUUUGAAUUCUGUAGGUUUUAAUUGUGUGGUUGCCUUUUAAUAGACUGGUAAAUCAUAGUGGCUCAAAAAAAAAAUACAGGUGUCCUAUAAAUAAAACAUCCACUUUUAUGUUGCCUGGGAACUGAACUGUGGACUUAGCUAUUAAUGAUGAUGAUAAUAAAAAAUGAAUUAAUGUAUAUA